UCAUCACCCAUCUAGAACCUCAUUGGGUUCCGAUGAACACAGACACACAUUAAAUAAAUUUUAGGAGGAAACCCUAGAAAUUUUCCAAUUAGGGUUUCUUAUUACUGCUAUAUUAUUCUCCCUUUUCCUUUGUAACAUCUUCCAAUUCAUCUUAUUCCAUCGAUUCUUCUUGGAUCAUUUCUGGGUGUAGAUCCGAGCUAUUAUUUGUAAGUGAUCCCAACCGGUUUAGAUUUGCAAUCUCCUUCAGAUCAAUCUGGAUUUUAGUUCGAUUAUUCAUUUUAUGUAUUGAAUUAAGUUAUUGGUUGAUGUAUCUCUGUUUCAUCUGCUGCUAAUUGAGUUCAGUAUUGCCUCUGAAUUCAGAGAAUUAGGGGUUAGGGUAUCAGUUUAAGGGUUUUCUUAAAGUUAAUUUUGUAAUGCCAGUACUUUAGCUUAGUUAGAGUUUGAUCAUUACAUUACAUUGGGUUUCUGUGAUAUCUGAUGAGACGUCGUUCAUUGUCAACUAAUCCGGCCGAUCAGAUGGAGAAAUUGGUCGGGAAGAAUCAACAAACGAGAAUCUGUGCAUUAGCAUCCUUGUCUGCUGCCUUUUGGUUCAUUUUAUUUUACUUUCAUUUUAGUGUUCUUAAUAAUGGAAAUGUUGUUGAAAAGUCAUUAGAUGUAGAACCUCAACAACCACAACACCAACCUAUAAAUCAACAACAACCACCAAGACACUAUCCUAUUCAUAUAGAACCAAAGAAAGAGAUCAUCAAGCCAGUUGAGUAUUUAUUUACACCGGCUCUGAAAACCAUUGAGAAUAAGAGUGAUCCAUGUGGUGGAAGAUAUAUCUAUGUUCAUGACCUUCCUCCUCAAUUCAAUGAAGAUAUGUUGAAAGAAUGUAAGAGUUUAAGUCUUUGGACCAAUAUGUGUAAAUUUACUAGUAAUGCAGGCCUUGGUCCUCCACUAGAGAAUAUCGAAGGUGUCUUUUCUAAUUCUGGGUGGUAUGCGACGAAUCAGUUUGCAGUUGAUGUCAUCUUUAGUAACCGGAUGAAGCAAUACGAGUGCUUAACAAAAGAUUCUUCUAUUGCUGCUGCAGUUUUCAUUCCCUUUUAUGCAGGGUUGGAUAUCUCUAGAUAUCUGUGGGGUCAUAAUAUUUCGACCAGGGAUGCAGCAUCUCUGGCUUUGGUUGAUUGGCUUACGAAAAGACCUGAGUGGAAUGUUAUGGGGGGAAAGGACCAUUUUUUAGUUGCUGGAAGGAUAACAUGGGAUUUCAGGAGAUUAAGUGAAUCUGAAUCAGAUUGGGGUAACAAGCUUUUGUUUCUUCCUGCUGCAAAAAAUAUGUCGAUGUUUGUUGUAGAAUCAAGUCCGUGGAACGCAAAUGAUUUUGCUAUACCUUAUCCUACUUACUUCCACCCUGCAAAGGAUGCUGAAGUGUUCACUUGGCAAGAUCGGAUGAGGAAGUUGGAGCGUCCGUUUCUCUUCUCGUUUGCUGGAGCUCCACGGCCUGAUAACCCAAAAUCAAUCAGAGGACAACUUAUUGAUCAAUGUAGGAAAUCCAAGCUUGGAAAGUUGCUCGAAUGUGAUUUUGGGGAGAGUAAAUGUCACUCUCCGAGCAGUAUAAUGCAGAUGUUCCAGAGUUCCAUAUUUUGCCUGCAGCCUCAGGGCGAUUCAUAUACUCGGAGAUCCGCUUUUGAUUCAAUGUUGGCAGGCUGUAUACCAGUGUUUUUCCACCCUGGUUCAGCUUAUACACAAUACACAUGGCAUCUUCCGAGGAAUUUCUCAAAGUAUUCGGUUUUCAUUCCUGAGGAUGGUGUUCGUAAUAACAUUAGUAUAGAGCAAAGGCUUAUUCAAUUUUCUGCGGAAGAUGUUAAGACAAUGAGGGAGGAGGUUAUUAACCUUAUACCGGGUCUGAUCUAUGCAGAUCCUCGGUCUAGGUUGGAAACCUUCAAAGAUGCCUUUGAUGUAGCAGUUCAGGCAAUCAUUGACAAAGUUACAAACUUGAGGAGGGAUAUCAUUGCAGGACGCACAAAUGAUGAUUUUAUAGAGGAGAACAGUUGGAAAUAUGAAUUAUUAGAGGAAGGACAGCGUGAAGUAGGAGCUCAUGAGUGGGAUCAUUUCUUCUCCAAACCAAAAUCGGAAAUUACUGCAGAAGCUGAAGCCGCCAAAAACUCAUGGAAGAAUGAACAAAGAGAUGGAUCAUGAGUAGCACAAAAACUUUAUUCGUAGGAAGCAGGUUUCUGUCAAGAUGUCUAGUACUCUGAUUCUGGAGCUUCAAGCAAGGCUAGUGGGGAGUCUUCAGUAAUUUGUUGCAGGUAUGGAUUCUGAUAAAUCCAUGUAUGAUGUACUCAUCCAGAGAAUCUAGUCAUCGAAAUCCCAUUUGUACAACCUUGUUUAACCUAAAUACAGGAAUAGAUAAUCUCUUUCAAAUUUUCAAUAUAAUUCUUUCUUUCUAAAAAGUUAACAAUAUAUAAUUUUUGUUCUCAAGGAUAAUGUUGCUUGAUUCUUUAUUUUGUUGUUACCUUUUUGAACCUGCAAUGCAACUGUAAAUUGGGGAAA